CUUAAACUCCAAUCCUUCUUUCGCUUUCCCUUCGUUAUUGUCUUUGAAUCUGUUCUUAAUUAGGUAACAUGUUGCAAAAGAAAAGAAGAAUAAGCAUAAAAUCAAACCUCAACUCUCACGGCCUUAAAUGCCAGUUGCACCAUUCAAACAGGUCCGUUGAUUCUCUCUAUCACACUCAAUUAUCAUUUUGCUGUUUUUGAUUUGUUGUUAUCUGACUGACAUUGCUUUCUUCAGUUAUCAUCGUUAUUAUCUUUCGAGUGUUGGGUCCCUCUGCUUUUGAGGUUUUUCUUCGGAAUGGAUUCGUUUUCAAUUUUAUCUUUUUGCUUCUCUUUGUGGGUAUUUGGAUUUCUGUUUGUUUGCUAAGAAAAUAUUGUUGGAAUUUGCCUUGAAUCUCACAAAAAUAUAAGAAUGAAAAGAUGGUAGUUGCAGCGCAGGUCCAUUGGAUCUUUGUUAAAUAAUUUAUGUUUUACGUAAUUUUCUUUGUAAGGUUCUUAGGAUUUAAAGCUUUUUAUUGAAGAAUUUAUGAUUUUGUUCCGGGUACCAUCCCAAAAACAAAAGGAAAUUAAUUUUCUAUUCUUUUUUUUUAAUUUUUUUUAUUUUGAGUCUUGAUGAGGUUCUAUUUUCUAACUUCUAGGCAAGCAUUUUAGAAAGUAAUGAUAAUUAAAAAGCUCAAAAUAUGAAUUUUUGGUAGUUAUUCUUUACUCAAAUGACAGAUUUUAAGGCCUAAGCCACAUGAUUUUUGUGGAUCAUAGUAGUUUGAAGACUGUAGGAAGCUAGAAUCACAUUAUAAACAAAUUGAAUACAGCCUCUGCUUGGUUGCUGAGAAAACAAAAGGAAAAACUCAAAAGAGAAAAUUUUUUAAUUUUAUGUAAGGGCGGCUAGGCCAUGCUGAUGUGUUUUGUGGGCGGUCCCAAUUGUGGUAUCUGAAUUUGUUUUUUGUUCUUGAUUCUUAUUACGAGUUGAGUUAUCAUGGUUACAAAUCCUCGUUAAGUUCAAGGAUCUCACCCUGUAAAUUUGCGUUAAGGUACAACCAUACAAGAUCUAGAAGUGAAAUUUUAUACAAGGUUCAAUGUUUACAAAGCUUAUCUGCUGUUUCUAGUCUUCAUUUUCUGGCAGGCAGAGAGGAGGUAUGGGGAGCAUGAAUAUUCUUAUUUUAUCAAAUUUCUCUUUCUUUAGUUUAAAAAAUAUUGGAGCCAAAGCUAGAGGCUGUUGGUUAUCUUUAAUAUUUUGUGGAAGUUUUUAGGGGGGUGAGAUCUGCAUAGUUUGUUUGGUAUUAAGAGAAUGAUUGAUUUAUGUAAGAAAAACUUUUGCUAUUGUAAUCUUCUGGUUUUUCCAUGCCAUUUUUUUUAGUUAUAUCUUUGAAUAGGAUGAAAUGGAGUUUUCAGACUGCUAAUGAUGUAUUUGUUUGUUCAUUGUUGCUCCUACUAGAUAUUGUGACCUAAAUUGGAGACUAAGAUCAUAUAUGGAAUUACUUGCUUAAUGGUUAAUUUCUGCUUCAUCUAAAGGGCCUGCUGGGUUUGAUAAAGUUGCUUUCAUGGUUUUUUUCCUUUCUUUACAAUGUCAGCUAUAAUGAGAGCGUAUGCUUGAUGAAUGAACUUUGACAGCCUUACUUUGAAGUUUUUAUGUUAAAGGCUUUGCUGCAAUAACUUAGAGUGUUCUCAGGUCUGUUUAUUGUCUAAGGCCUGCUGAACAAAAAUUUUAUACUACAAUCAAAGCAACCUGUUUGAGAACCAUUAUUGUGGAUUUUUGGUAGCAAAACAAUAUUAUACAUAGACGAAUAGACCUAAGUUUUUUGGUCUUCGGGCUUUUGGAAAAUAUCCAGUGUGUAGAUUAGAUGGUUAGACCAGACGGAGGAUAAGCACUCUCAUGGAAAGUAACUGGGUGGUUGCUGAGAUAAGCGUGGCUUUUAAUAUCUUUUACUCCAUGUUCUUUUUCCUGUGCCUGCUCUCAAGCAACAGCUUGUAAAUGACCAAAGUUCGAAUUAUGUCACUCUUCCAAUUGUCUUUCCCCUUUAUUCUUUUGAGUUGUUGACCCUUAGGACAGCUGUUUUUCUACCGGAUGGCUGUCAAACUAAUUUGUCACAUGGUGACCAUAGUUGAAUUUUAAUCUUUUUCUUUCCGGGUCUAGGGAGUCAAUCUAUUAUCUCACUUAAUCUUGAACUGUGGUAGUUUACUUAUCUGUAGGAUGUCCUGAUGUCAAGUAUGUUAUUUACUUAAUAUAACUACUCUUAACAUGUGGAUGCAGUUGAGCUACCUUUAUUCUUUUUCAUUUUAUUGAUAGCCCACAUUUUGAUUUGAGACUAUGUUAAAUAGCAUAAAACCUAAUAGGAGAGCUAGCAUGGAAAAGCAAUAGCUCUAAAACAGUGCAUUCUAAUACUUUGAAGCUGUUUUGGCAAGCAGUCUUAUAUAGGAAGUCUUCUGGGUAAACAGUCACCUAGAAUCAUUUAUUCUGUAUUGUUUAAGAAUUGAAAACAAUGUUCACCAUAUCAUAAUGAGAUUGAUUUUUGAGUCAUGUUUAUUUGUUGUUGUUAGAAAUUGACUUUGUCUCAGGCAUGGAGGAUAUGGUCCUAGAAGAUUUUGCUCAGCUGUUGCUUGAGUUUAUAAUAAGAUGCCACAGAUAAAUCUUCUGGAAUGAUACUUGUGAAGCUUCUGCAGCAAAUGAGUGCAUUGUCAUUAAUUUUUGUGAUUGAAUAAUACUAGUUGUUGUCAUGGGCUGUGUAAGCUCGAAGAGAAGCAAAAGAGUACCUGGCUAUGAAGAGCCGACCGUUCUUGCUGCUGAAACACCUUUUACAGUUAAUGAAGUACAGUCCUUGCAUGAGCUUUUUAAGAAAAUAAGCAAUUCAAUAAUUGCUGAUGGGCUUAUUCACAAGGAAGAAUUCCAUCUGGCCCUCUUCAAGAACAGAAAUCAGAGAAAUUUUUUUGCAGACAGGGUUUUUGAUGUAUUUGAUAUCAAAAGUAAUGGGGUUAUCAAGUUUGGCGAGUUUGUUCGAUCGUUGGGUGUCUUUCACCCCCAUGCACCUGAGGCUGACAAAAUUGCAUUUGCUUUCAGGCUUUAUGACCAGACAAUUGAGCGUGAGGAGUUGAAGGAGAUGGUUUUGGCACUUUUGCAUGAAUCAGAUCUGGUUCUUCCAGAGGCUGUUGUUGAAACAAUUGUGGAUAAGACAUUUAGUGAAGCAGACACAAAAAGUGAUGGAAAAAUUGAUUCAGAAGAGUGGAAGGACUUUGUAUCAAAGUAUCCAUCUCUGAUAAAGAACAUGACGCUCCCAUAUUUAAAGGAUUUAACCUUAGCUUUCCCCAGCUUUGUGGUUAGGUCUGAAAUCGAAGACUUCUAAGUCUAGGCUUAAUGCUAAAGCUAAAAGGACAUAAAUCAUGCUGUCAAUGGUAUUGGAGAUACAUAUCAGAUUUUGUCAAAAUGUUUUGUGCUGUCUCAUUAAUUUUGAAGGUGACAAACCUGAGCUUGGAAGAAGAUACUGUGCGCAGCCAAGAACCAAGAUCAGGUUCACAAAUCACGACCUGCAACUUUAUUCUGCCAUCAUCAGCUGUUCAAUGUUGUUGGAACUCGGGGGUUUGUACAUUGAUGUUGAGCAUCAGAAAUUUUGUGAUAAAAACGGUUUUAUGAGAAAUAUUUGCAAUCCAAUCCUUGAA